CGAUUCCAGGACCCUGAGAUGAAAGAAACUCUCCUGAACCAGCAGAAACUCGCCAAACUGCAAGCACAAGUGCGCAUUGGUGGGAAAGGAACUGCUCGCCGAAAGAAGAACGUGGUUCAUAGAAUGGCUACAGCAGAUGAUAAAAAACUUCAGUUCUCCUUAAAGAAGUUAGGGGUAAACAAUAUCUCUGGUAUUGAAGAAGUGAAUAUGUUCACAAAACAAGGAACAGCGAUCCACUUUAACAACCCCAAAGUUCAGGCGUCGCUGGCCGCGAACACUUUCACCAUCACAGGCCAUGCUGAGACAAAGCAGCUGACAGAAAUGCUACCCAGUAUCUUAAACCAACUUGGUGCAGACAGUUUGACUAGUUUAAGAAGACUGGCUGAAGCUCUGCCCAAACAAUCUGUGGAUGGAAAAGCACUACUUGCUACCAGAGAGGAUGAUGAUGAUGAAGUUCCAGAUCUUGUGGAGAAUUUUGAUGAUGCUUCCAAGAAAGAAGCAAACUGAAUUGAGUCAACUUCUGAAGAACAUAAAACUUGAAGAAGUUACUGGGAGCUACUAUUUUAUAUUAUGACUGCUUUUUAAAAUUUUGUUCAUGGAUCUGA